ACGGACGAGGAGAUCGCCAAGCACAAGGGCCCCCCUGUCUUUACACAGGAGGAGAGGUACAAAAUGGUGCAAGCCAUCAAGUGGGUGGACGAGAUUGCUCCAGGAGCUCCCUAUGUCACCACACUGGAAACCCUGGACAAAUAUAACUGUGACUUCUGCGUGCACGGUGAUGACAUCACCCUCACGAUAGAUGGCAAGGACACCUAUGAGGAAGUGAAGGCCGCGGGGCGAUACAGGGAAUGCAAACGCACCCAAGGUGUGUCCACCACUGACCUCGUUGGCCGCAUGCUGCUCAUGACUAAGGCUCACCACAGCAACAUAGAUGAGGACCUAGACUAUCGGAAGCACACUGACAACUUUGGGAAGGGACCAAAGGGUCACAGCCCUUGGACUGGCGUCUCGCAGUUCCUGCAGACAUCUCAGAAGAUCAUCCAAUUUGCGUCAGGGAAGGAACCGCAGCCCGGAGACACCAUCAUCUACGUGGCUGGAGCCUUCGACCUGUUCCAUAUUGGGCACGUAGAUUUCCUGGAGAAGGUUCACCAGCUGGCAGAGAAGCCCUACAUCAUCGCUGGGCUGCACUUUGACCAGGAAGUAAAUCGCUACAAAGGGAAGAACUAUCCCAUCAUGAACAUCCAUGAGAGAACACUCAGUGUGUUGGCCUGCAGGUACGUCUCGGAAGUGGUGAUUGGAGCUCCCUACGCUGUCACUGCUGACCUGCUGGAUCACUUCAGGGUAACGCUUGUGUGUCAUGGGAUGACAGAGGUGGUGCCAGACAAGGACGGUUCUGACCCGUACGAGGAACCGAAGAGACGCGGCAUUUUCCAGCUCGUGGACAGUGGCAGCAACCUCACCACAGAUCUCAUUGUGCAGAGGAUCAUCAAGAACAGGCUGGAGUUUGAAGCUAGGAACCAGAAGAAGGAGGCAAAAGAGCUGGCUGUGCUGGAGGCCAUGAAAAGACUGGAAGAGGAGAAGCACUAGCCCAGCAGAGAGCCAGUGUGUGGGUCGCAGAGCGCCG